UUCGGUCGUGUGCGCAACCAGCUGGGUCUCAUUCUCGUGGUGACCUGGGACGCGAGUCAAGUGACCUCUUGGAAGACAAAUUAACUGGCUGUGGUUGAUUUUAAUAAUCUAUUAAUGCGGAGCAAAUAUUUAUUUUUUGUUUGAUUCAAGUGGCCUAAAUAUUUACGAAUAGCCAUUAAGUUUGUUUAAUCUCAUGUUUGUGGAAGCUCGUGCGGGUGUUUACAGGAUUCGUCCGGUGUCUAGUGAGGAAAACGUGUUAAUUGAAUAUUGUUGUGACUGAUUGGUGAAUUUAUAGAUUUUUGUCAGAAAAUGAUCAAAACGGAAGAACAUGCGGACUCCAGUACGUUGUCCGUGUCUGGAGGUUAUCAUUACAGAAACAUUUCUUCAAAUAUUGUAAUGGCUACUCCACACAUAAUCGAGAACCCUGCGCUUCAGAACAUGGAUAAUCAUUAUCACUAUCAUACGUCCAUUUCGUCGUCACAAAUAGACGUGAAGAAUGAAAUGGAUGAGCGUAACUCCCCUGCCUAUCACGUGUCUGACGUGAAGAUGGAAACUGAAAAAAUCCCUUCGAUGUAUCACCACUUUGAUAAAAUAUCAUCGUACUACAUCAAUCGAUCACCGUAUCUCAUCUCACAAAUCAACGACGAUGCGGACUACGGCGAGCCCCGUGCAUCUUAUCUGUCCCAACUGGACAACUCAAUUAACUCCAUGAAGCUAUCGGACCCAGUUGGUAUCCCUCCGUUGAUUAACUAUCAGUCCAUAACGCAUCCCGAUAUGACCACAAUGCAACAGCGCUGCCGAAGCAAUGGCAGCAGUGGCGGUCAUAUUUCACCCACUUCGUCAAUGAACUCCGGAUCCCUGCCCACGAUCAGUAGUGUACAAUCGAUGGCCAGCAGUACCAGCGGGGGUCACAUAACGAUCGUCCCGAACACGAUGCUGCACAAGUCGCAAUCUACGUCGCCGAUAACGCCGUCGGCAUCGCCCACCUUGUCCAGCUCGUCACAACCGACGGCGGCGAUGAUCAACGGUAGUGGUGGAUCGACGCCCAUUUCGUCACAGAAGAAAUCCCCGCACGCGGCCGUCGGCAACGGAAGUGGGGAACAACAGUUGACCAGCACCACGGGAUCUGGGGAGAGUCCUGGAUCGAAGAAGACGAACGGUGGCCGAAGGCAGGAAAAACCACAACUCAGCUACAUCAACAUGAUUGUGAUGGCGAUCAAGGACUCGCCCCAUCGGCGGAGGACCCUCAGUGAGAUCUACAAGUAUUUGCAGUCGAAGUACGACUUCUUCAAUGGCGAGUACAAUGGCUGGAAAAACUCCGUCCGGCACAACCUAAGUCUGAACGAGUGCUUCAAGAAGCUCCCCAAAGAAUGCGGCAAACCAGGAAAGGGUCACUACUGGACCAUCGACGCCUCUGCCGAGUACAUGUUCGAGGACGAGGGCAGCCUGCGGCGAAGACCGCGUGGCUUCCGGCGAAAGCAACAGCUCAAAGCCUAUGCCGGUGGAAGUGCCUUCUAUCCGGCAGGGGCAACCGGUUACGAAAUCACGGUUCCCGAUCUGCCCGGAGGAUACAUGUCACAGCCGUACGGUUCGUACGAUUACCCUAGCGCAAAUGGGCAAACAUUUGGCGCCGACUCGUGGCACUACCCGUCGGAGGGACUGAGUCAGUACUCGAAAAUAACCCACACAUCGCUGCACGACCAUCAACCUCCGCCGGGUUCCCCCGGCCAGCAGGGCCAGAGCUCAAGUGUGCUCGACUAUGGCAACUAUUCGUUCGGCUCCGGUUCCUACAGCAUCGAUAAUGGUCUGAAAAUGGCACCUCUCUCGCAAAUGGUUCAACCCACGGGAUCGGGCGGUGGAGGGACGCCAUCAACUGUUGGUUCGUUGCCUUCGCAGCCAUCGCCAUCUUCAGGUGGAAACGCUGGGCCGCAGUCGGCAGGUGGUGUUGUAGGCGGAGUGGUAUCGAUGGCCCCGACCGCAAAUGGCAGUCCUCAGCAGCAGCAGCAGCACUCUGUCAUGGGAAACGGAAUGACCAACGGAUGCGGAAAGGUGAUAACCGGUUACGGUGAUUCCCCGCUGGGCAGCAAUCACUCAUCGAUGCUCGCGGCGCAGCAGUUGCACCAUCCUCACCACCACCAUCAUCACAACCCGCACCAUCAUGGCGUGUCCAAUGGGGGACUGAACACAGUCCUGACUGCCAACGUGCAGUACGACCAUGGGAAAUAUGCUGCGAAUUGAUGGCGGACACGCAUGGAGGAUUGGAUUCGUUCGGUGCAUCAAAGAUGGAAGGAUUUUGAAUAAAAGUCAUUAUCCAUUAUUGAUGAUGAGGGUGGGUUGGAUCAUUACAGUACUAAUAGGAAUUUAAGUUCAGAGUUUAGAAUGGCUGCUUGAAUAGAAAAUCAUUUCAUGCUGUGUUCUUUCGACAUUGAUUUCUUUGAGAUAGAUGUAAAUAAAUGAUACCAAAGAUUAA